GUGCGCUGAUAGCCUUCUGCAAGCACGCCCCGCCCUCGAAGGACUUCGAGGUGGCCGUGUUCCAGAACACAUUGGUCCGGCUUUUCAGCAUGCUUCAUUCGGCGGCGCUGGGGGACGUCGAGGACUGCAGUGACCGCAUGGACGUGUCCGCCUUUCAGGCUUUUCAGAUGGAGCUGAUCGACGCAGCGGCCAUCGACGAGCAGAGCCUAAACGUCAUCAGGCAGUCCGAGGCCAAGGUGGAGCUCAUCUUCCAGUGGAUCCAGCAGCUCAUCGUCGAGAACAUCAGCACUGGUGUGAUGAGCAUACCGCCGCCGAUCUUGACGCGCUCGUUCCAGGAGAUGGCAAGCGGCAUGGUACACUUCCACAACGCGUUGAAAAUCUCGACGGUCCCUUUCCCGUUCCCUUACGCGCAGGCGGCGCCGAGAGAGUGACCGCUGGGGUGAUGCGGUCAUGCUUGUCCGUUCUUGCGUCCCUUCUUCACUUCCUCAUGCAGCAUGUGGUAAGACGAGACUUGG